GCUACCGUGAACUCACUAGCCAGUUGACAGUUUUUUGUGUGAUUGUUGACAGUGCUUUGUCUGCUAAUAUUUUAGGUUAUAUUCCUGUCAGAACGAAUUAAAAAUAAACAUUAGAUUUAAAAUGGUACAAAGUUCAAGUGGUAAACAAAAUUGGGUUUUAUAAAUCGGCAAUUUGUCCCAUACAUUUUGUUCACUGUUCUGGUGAUUUUUAAGUGAUGUCACUAAUUUCACGGCUUCUUGUUAAGAGCAAACCUCUCAAGCCAGUGAUUUUUUCAAAUAACUAUACUCUUCAGACACACAUCGCGAACAUGUCGAGUACGCCAAACUACGAAUUCUUGUCUGUUUCCACUCCUAAGGAGCACGUUUUCCAUGUUGAGCUGAACAGGCCCGAUAAGCUCAACGCCAUUAACUAUUCACUGUUUAGUGAGCUGAAAAGCUGCUUUGAAUUGAUGAGCGAAAGUGAAGAUUGCAGGAUCGUGGUUCUAAGCGGCGCCGGCAGGUUCUUCACUGCAGGAAUUGAUCUUCAAGAUGUAACGCAGAACAUGGUGCCUAAAGUGGCUCAGGUCGAAGACGUGGCGCGCAAAGCGAAAAUAUUCCGGCCCUUCAUCCGUCUUUACCAAGACAGCAUGUCUUCGUUGGAACAAUGCAGGAAACCUGUUAUUGCUGCGGUGCACAGCGGCUGCAUUGGGGCAGGAGUAGAUUUAAUCACUGCAGCCGAUAUGCGAUUCUGUUCGAAAGACGCGUAUUUCCAAGUCAAAGAGGUGGAUAUUGGAAUGGCUGCCGAUGUGGGCACUCUGCAGCGUCUUCCCAAAGUCAUCGGAUCUGAUAGUCUGGCCAGAGAACUCUGUUACACUUGCAGGAAAUUUCCUGCCGCAGAAGCGUUGGAUCGCGGUUUAGUUUCCAAGGUUUACGACACCAAGGAUGAAUUGAUCCAAGGCGUGAUCGGCCUGGCCGAAGAAAUAUCCAAAAAGAGUCCAGUUGCAGUGCAAACCACCAAAGCUAGUCUUGUAUAUUCAAGGGACCACACAGUGCAGGAGGGACUGGACCAUAUUGGUCUUUUGAAUCAGAUGAUGUUGCAAAGUGAGGACUUGGUUAAUGCCACAAUGGGGCAGCUGACUAAGGACCCAAACGUUGUCUUUUCAAAGCUAUAAGACUGAUCAAAUAAUUAAGGGAAAUGGGGAUUUCCUUCAAACGCUCUGUAUAUUUUUGGAGAACUAUUUUAACCACUGUUAAAGAUU